UCAAGUGUCAAAAAAUACAAACGAAGCUUGGUUCGUCUUACCAUUUUUCUAUAAAAAUGAUGGUUUUUUUCAAGAAAUAGUUAAUUGUCAGACUUAUUAGUCUAGAGAAACAUUAACAUAAAAGAUGUGUGACAGUGACGACCCAGGGGAUCAAGCCCGCUCGGGUCUUGAUCUAACCGGAUUCCUUUUCGGUAAUAUUGAUGAAAGCGGUCAGCUUGAAGAUGAUGGGCUCCUGGAUGGAGACUCCAAGCGGAUGCUAUCAUCUCUUACGCGACUUGGAUUGGGGUCGAUGCUGUCCGAAGUUUUGGAGGGCGAGGAACCAUCCAAAGAUGAUGAGGAGAAAGAUUACACUCAAAAAAGCCCUUCUGCUGUUGAUUUCUUUGACAUAGAUGAUGUUGCCGAAGAUAUAAAGGACGUAGACAUUAGUGCUAACCAAGAUGCACAGGAUGUAAAACAAGACAUGGAGGUAGAGGAAUGUGCACAAAACGAUGUAAAACCUGUGUCCGAUUCCUUGAGCGAUUGUCCUCAGCCUGAACCAACAGAAAGCGUCAAAAUUGAUGAGGACAGUGCUUACGAUGAAAGUGAUCGCCAGCCUACUACUGAUGAUGGCUACGAGGGAGAUAUGGAAGGAGACGGAGGCCUCAUGCCUCCACCAUCUGUUAUUCCGAAACCUCAAAAGAUUGAUAAGUCAAAAAAACUGGAGACUCCACUGGCGGCCAUGUUACCCUCAAAGUAUGCCAACACAGAUGUGACAGAGCUGUUCCCAGACUUUAGACCUGACAAAGUUUUAUUAUUUUCUCGACUCUUCGGUCCGGGAAAACUCUCUAGCUUGCCACAGAUCUGGCGUGGUGUGAAGAAACGUAGGCGCCGUAAGCGCAGUGGGAGCACAAGUAGCGAUACCCCACCACAGAUUCCCGAAACUCAAGAACUACAAUGCGCUAGCGAUGAUGAGGAGAAGUUCCUCAGACCUAUGGAAGAGAAUCCUCAGGCAAAUGCAGAUAACAACACGUCAAACUCGGGCGACAAGUCGCAGCGGCCGACGCCGGCUCACUGGCGCUUCGGCCCGGCCCAAGUGUGGUACGACAUGUUGAACGUACCCGAGACUGGAGAUGGGUUUGACUAUGGAUUUAAGUUGAAGGCGCCAUCCCCCGAUCGAGAAAGGGAAGAGAAACCAAAGGAUCCAGAGCAAGAGCCAGAGGAAGAAAGAGAGACAUCCGACAGCCCUGACAGUGGGUUCCCUGACGACUCGUUCCUGAUGGUCUCGCAGCUGCAAUGGGAGGAUGACGUCAUCUGGGACGGCAGCGAGAUAAAGCAAAAGGUGCUAGCUCGGCUAAACAGUAAGAGCAACGCGGCCGGCUGGGUCCCGACAUCGGUGAGCCGCACCGCGCAGCAGUUUUCACAUCCGAGACCGCAGCCGCCGGCGGCUUUGACUGCCAAACCUGCCACUUCAUCAGCGACCGGCCCGAACGCCCAAGCGAACGCGACUACCGCGGACGGCGAAGACAACACCUGGUACAGCAUAUUCCCCGUAGAAAACGAGGAGCUGGUCUACGGGACAUGGGAAGAGGAAGUAAUAUGGGACGCCGAGUGCAUGCCCAAGAUACCAAAACCGAAGAUAUUGACGCUGGAUCCGAAUGACGAGAACAUUAUCCUGGGGAUACCGGAUGAUGUGGACCCGUCUAAGAUUACUAGAGAACGAGGGCCAGCGCCCAAAGUGAAGAUACCUCACCCGCACGUGAAGAAGUCCAAGAUAUUGCUGGGCAAAGCCGGUGUCAUUAACGUGUUGCAAGAGGACGCCCCGCCGCCGCCGCCGAAGUCACCUGACAGAGAUCCUUUCAACAUUUCCAAUGACGUCUACUACCAACCCAAGUCCCAAAACCCUCGUCUCAAAGUGGGUGGCGGUCCUCUCAUCCAACACAGCACCCCUGUAGUGGAAUUGCGAGCUCCGUUCAUACAAACCCAUAUGGGACCAGCUAGGCUGAGGGCAUUCCAUCGUCCGGCCAUGAGGAAACUGUCUUAUGGACCGUUGGCCGCGCCUGGCAUGCACCCAGUGCAGCCCCUGCUUAAACAUAUCAAAAAGAAGGCUAAGCAACGUGAGGCCGAGCGUUUGGCAUCGGGAGGUGGUGACGUGUUCUUCAUGAGGACGCCCGAAGACUUGAGCGGGCGAGACGGCGAACUACUACUAAUAGAGUUCUGCGAGGAACACCCACCGCUGAUCAGUCAAGUGGGCAUGUGCUCUAAGAUCAAGAACUAUUAUAAGCGAACCACUUCCAAGGACAACGGCCCAAAACCGCUAAAAUACGGCGAAACUGCGUACGCGCACACAUCGCCUUUCCUCGGCAUACUGGCUCCGGGCGCGACGCAACCCGUGGUAGAGAACAAUAUGUAUCGCGCGCCGAUAUACGAACACACGUUGCCUCAGACUGACUUCCUCAUUAUUAGAACUAGACAAGCAUACUACAUCCGCGAAAUUGACGCGUUAUAUGUGGCAGGUCAAGAAUGUCCCCUGUACGAAGUUCCUGGCCCAAAUUCAAAGCGGGCCAACAAUUUUGUUCGAGACUUUUUACAGGUGUACAUAUACAGAUUAUUCUGGAAAUCGCGCGACAACCCACGCCGUAUCAAGAUGGACGACAUCAAGAGGGCAUUCCCGUCCCACUCCGAGAGCUCGAUACGAAAGCGUCUCAAACUGUGCGCGGACUUCAAACGUACGGGAUUGGAUUCUAAUUGGUGGGUGAUCAAACCAGACUUCCGUCUGCCAUCCGAAGAGGAGAUCCGAGCGAUGGUGUCUCCCGAGCAAUGCUGCGCUUACUUCAGCAUGGCCGCUGCAGAACAGAGGCUGAAAGACGCGGGGUACGGGGAGAAGUUCAUAUUCACCCCGCAAGAGGACGACGAUGAGGAGCUGCAGCUGAAGAUGGAUGAUGAGGUGAAAGUAGCCCCAUGGAAUACGACCCGUGCCUACAUCCAAGCGAUGCGAGGCAAAUGCCUCCUCCAACUGACCGGACCUGCCGACCCCACCGGUUGCGGUGAAGGUUUCUCAUACGUCCGCAUCCCGAAUAAACCCACGCAGCAACCGAAUGAGGAACAGCAACCUAAGAGGACCGUGACGGGAACAGAUGCGGAUUUGAGGAGACUGAGCUUGAAUAACGCGAAAGCGCUUUUGAGGAAGUUUGGAGUGCCUGAGGAAGAGAUCAAAAAACUAUCCCGUUGGGAGGUCAUUGACGUGGUAAGAACGCUAUCGACGGAGAAAGCCAAAGCCGGAGAAGAGGGUAUGACGAAGUUUUCAAGAGGGAACAGAUUUUCAAUUGCUGAACAUCAGGAAAGGUACAAAGAAGAGUGUCAGCGUAUAUUCGAACUCCAGAACAGGGUGCUGCAAAGUACUGAAGUGCUCAGUACUGACGAAGCCGAGAGCUCGGUCAGUGAGGAGUCUGACUUGGAGGAGAUGGGAAAGAACAUUGAAAACAUGUUGGCGAACAAAAAGACCACAGAACAGUUGUCGCUGGAAAGGGAAGAAGCGGAAAGAGCAGAGCUGAGAAAGAUGAUCUUAGGACAGUCUGAAAAGAAGCCACAAAUCAAUCAGAAUGAUCAGCAACAAGCGUCCAAUCAAGGUCGCGUGCUCAGAAUAGUCCGCACAUUCCGCAACGCGUCCGGUCAGCGGUACACUCGCGCGGAACUCGUGCGCAAGGCAGCGGUCAUAGAGGCCUACACGAAGAUACGCUCCACCAAAGACGAGACUUUCAUCAGGCAGUUUGCUACCAUGGACGAGACGCAGAAAGAGGAGAUGAAGAGAGAAAAGAGGAGAAUUCAGGAACAACUGAGACGCAUCAAAAGAAAUCAGGAGAGAGAAAGACUUGCAGGAAAUGUGACAGUACCUGGAUCAUUCCCUGGCGAAAGUAGUUUAAGUCUAUCAUCAUCAAUGAACGACAUGGGUUCCCCGUCCCCCGCGAUGAUCCCGCUCGGUCAGAUCAAACAGGAGCCGGACCUGCACACGCCGUCGCGUCGCCGGGCCAAGCUGAAGACCGAUUUGAAAUUGAAGUGCGGUGCUUGCGGUCAAGUAGGCCACAUGCGUACCAACAAAUCGUGCCCCCUCUAUACGGGGUCCAUGGGUGGGGGGCCAGCCUCGCCGCCUGAGAUCGACGUGGACGCACUGCCGCCGGACCCCGAUGACGACGAACUGGGAUACGUUGACGGAACUAAGCUGACGCUGUCUUCGAAGGUUAUGAAGCACUCAGUGGAAGACAUAAAGCGUCGUCGAGGCAGACCCAGCGAAUACCGAGCUGGGGCCCGUAACAAACGUCGGGGCACUGCUUCGGAGUCGUGUGACUAUCUCGUCAAGCGACCGGCUGAGAGGCGCCGUACCGACCCAUUAGUUACGCUGUCUUCGUUGCUAGAAGACGUACUGAACCAUAUGAGGCAUCUGCCAGAUGUUCAACCGUUCCUAUUUCCUGUCAAUCAGAAGCUGGUGGCAGACUACUACCGAAUAGUAUCGCGGCCGAUGGACCUCCAGACCAUUCGCGAAAACAUGCGUCAGAAGCGAUACCAGAGCCGCGAAGACUUCUUGGCGGACGUGAACCAGAUCGUCGAGAACUCUACGCUUUAUAACGGUCCAACCAGCACUCUGACCCUAGCGGCUCAGAGGAUGUUACAGCGGUGCGUCGAAAAGCUGGCUGAAAAGGAAGAGCUGAUCAUCAAGCUGGAGAAACAGAUCAACCCGCUUCUUGACGAUAAUGAUCAGGUCGCACUAUCGUUCAUUUUGGACAACCUACUGACAACGAAACUGAAGGUGAUGCCUGAAGCGUGGCCGUUCCUCAAGCCUGUCAACAAGAAGCAAGUCAAGGACUACUACAACGUCAUCAAGAAACCCAUCGACAUGGAGACUAUGGGCAAGAAAAUUCAAGCCCACAAAUACCACAGCCGCGACGAGUUCCUCCGGGACAUACAGCUGUUAGUCGACAACUGCCGCGCUUACAACGGCAUCAACUCGCAGUUCACGAGGCAGGCUGAGGCCAUACUGAAGGUGACGCAAGAGGCACUGGAACAGUUCGGCGAAAACGUCAGCCAACUCGAAGCGAACAUCGCGCGCGUGCAACAGAAGAUGCUAGAAGACGCGGAGCACUCGGACUUAGAGCCCGAGGAGCACGCGCCGCCGCCGCCGCCCUCGGACGAGAAGCGAGGCCGCGGAAGGCCUAGGAAACAUAAGCCUUCCACCUCUACUUCCGCUGACGGCGCUACUCCAAGAAAGCGCGGCAGACCGAGAAAAGACCAAAACAGCUUGGAAGAAGAUCUCCAAUACUCUGACAGCGGCAGCUCAGAGCUUGAAGAAGUGGAACAGAAAGACGCCGCCGAAGGCUUGGUACAACUUUCUGUGCGACCUGACGACGACAUACCGAUGGGUGAGCCUUCGUUCGACACGUCCGAGUUUCUGAUAAAGCGCGAGGUGCCCGACGAGCCGCCGCCGCUGUCCGAGGACUUUGUGGACUUGGACCAGCAGACGGACUACUCCUACCCGCCUGUUGUGAAGGAGGAGCCGAUAGAGCCCGACAUGCAAAUGGACCCGCCCAUGAUGGAAGGCGCGCCGAUGGAACCGCCACAGUUCAAGGAGGAACCGCCAGAGAACUGGCAGCCGGAUCCUGCCAUACAAGACGACUUACAAGUGACAGACAGCGAGGAAGAGGCUGAAGAUGGACUAUGGUUCUAAUGUGACUGUACAUAAAGUAUUUUUUACUAAAAACAAACUCGAAAUGUUUUUUAUAUACAAAAAUUAUGUUUAUAGUUUUAUGUACUGAAGAAACUUGUUGGAUUAGUAUAGUAAAUGUUUAAGGAUAUUUAGGUCUUGUUUCACCGCUUACUGGCAAGGUCCCUGAUUGCCUAUUAAAAACUUAUCUGCCAGAUAAACUACUGGUUGUUUCACAGGUACUAAGUUGUCUGGCAGAUAAAGUAGUCGAAAAUCUGUAUCUAACAUUUAUUUCUUAGUGUUAUGUCAGAUUACUAUCUAUAACUUUAUCAGGAACCGGUGAAACUGUCCUCUACUGGUUUAUAAUACGUUGCAAUAAGAUAAUAAAUAAUUUUAACACUG